AUGGCCGUCCAGCGCCCUCGGAAGCGAUUGCGCUCCUUUUGUCUCAUACUGGCCGCUCUAUUUUUCAUAUUUUUCUCCAUCUACAUCUCCAGCAAACCAUCUUCAAACAAUCGCUUCUACAAUGCCCACUUCACCGAAUCCCCCGUCGACCCGUUCCGUGGCCGUCAACUCGCCUUUUGGACCUCGUUUCGCGAGAUUCUCGAUCGCCAUGCGCCCAAUUGUCCGUCGAUUGUGCUUGAUGGGUUUGCGGAGCCGGUUACAUUCAAUGCGCUCGAAGCUGGUCCGCGUCCCGACAUGGUGGUGCUCCCGGAUGAGCAUAUCGAAGCGAUGAAGUCGGCCCAUGCGGAAUUCGUGGAGGAGAUUCAUACAUCCAAGAUCAUAAAACCGAUCCAUACACCGGGAUCACGAGGGCUGGUGUCAAUGGCAGGCGGGCCCUAUUUUCCACUCUUCAUGGCUCAGCUGCGCAUGCUCCGGCGCAAUAAUUCGACCAUGCCGGUGGAAGUCUUUUUGCGAGAUUCAAGCGAGUAUGAGGAUCACCUAUGCCAAAAGGUCCUUCCGCAAUACAACGCGAAAUGCGUCGUCCUGUCCGAGCUGCUGGGAUCAACAAAGCACAAGGGCGUCGAGAUUGAGCAUUACCAAUUCCGCACAUUUGCAGUUUUGUUCUCGUCGUUUGAGGAAGUUGUCUGGAUGGAUGCGGAUUGUUUCCCUCUGUAUCGCGUGGAAGAUUUAUUGGAUUCGGAACCGUUCGCUUCUACCGGGCUCGUCACCUGGCCUGACUUUUCAGCGUCGACUACAUCACAGCUCUUUUAUCAGAUUUCGCAGCAAGAAAUCCCACCAAUGACCCUCCGCGCAGCUACCAAGACCGGCGUAUUUCUCAUCUCGAAGAAAACUCAUUUCUUGACUCUUCUUCUAGCCGCAUACUACAACUAUCACGGCCCGUCACAUUACUUUUCCUUGCUCCUACAAGGCGCCGACGGCCAGGGAGACAAGGAAGCCUUUAUCCAAGCAGCAUCGGCAUUAAAAGAGCCCGUCUACCCCGUCAGCGAGCGGGUUAGUGCUCUUGGCCAUACGACCGAAAGCGGCGACUUUAUUGUUUCUGCUGUAGCUMAAGCCGAUCCAAUCGCAGAUUACCAAUUGACAAAAGAAGGAACGUGGCGCGUCAAAGAGCCUGACGCAGCCAACCCGCCACGCGUAUUUUUCAUUCACGCCAGUCAUCCCAAAUUCGACGCAUCCGAUAACAUUUUCGGAUUUAGAUGGGACGGUGCCCCGGAUUUUAUCCCUGGUCGCAUAUGGACUGCCGACACAGACGCAAUUCAAAGAUUCGGCUAUGACGCUGAAAGGGCCUAUUGGGAAGAAGUGAAAUGGGUUGCGUGCAAUUACGAAAAUUAUUUUGGAGCAUGA